AUGUCUUCGGAUAUUGAAGAACUCCGGCGCCAACUAGCAGAUGUUGAACAACGGCUUUCGGCGUCUCAACAGCAGCUUUCGGCGUCACAGCAGCGAUUAUCCAAAACGAACCUCCCCACGUUUCUCGAUGGCCUCCAUAAACACCUCUUCCUCGGCCUUGAGGUCCAGCCGGACAAGAGCCAGUCGACGCGUGGGGAUCCCGCAAAUACGACCAACAAACUUCGCCCCCGAUACCUUAGGGCCUGGGACACAUUCACGAGCGAACAAGAGGAAAUUUGGCGACUGCUGAUGGAGUCUUCGCUCAUUGAAGAUAAAUUAUUCACUUCGCUCCAUACCUUUGAGGAGAUGGGUGAAAGCAUUCGCCGGCAGCUGAUCGGCUCAGAGCUUGACCUGAAUCACAUUCUUCACCAGACCGUUGAGGACCACGUUUCGAAGAUCAUCGAAGAACUUUACAAGGAUUGCGCCCUUCGGCAAACAUUCGGACUAAGAGUAUCGGUCCGUUUUGAAAACCAUUCCAAUACUUUGAGCCCGGAACAGGAACUAGUAGAAGGGUUACGGAGCGUGGAUAUUCGCGGUCGCCCUACGCGUCGACAUUCGCCUCUCCGAACCAAGCGGCCCCGUGCCGAUCAGUUUUGUGUUUACAACAUCCCAAACGAGAUCUCUGAAUCUACACAUCGCGUCGCUGCCUACAUCAAAGAAUACAAAUCCCCGCACAAAGUGACGCUAGGCCACAUAUACGAGGGAUUGGGGGACAUGGACGUUGAUGAAGUGAUUCAGGAGAAGGAUGAUGAACCCUCUCGGGUUCGGUUCCAGCGAGCGCUUGUCGGACUCCUUUCGCAGCCAUUUGACUAUAUGGUCCGUGCUUGUACGCAGGUAGGAGUCUUUACCACUGGCGAAGCAGAUAUCUACCUGCGGAUUGGGGAGGACCCUUCCACACUUUUUUUACCACCUUUCCGUUCCAAAGGGAGACGUUGGGCAUGA